CUGGGGGGCAGAGUCCACCACACAAAAUCAGUACACAUUUGAAUCUAUUAAACUAUAAUACAAAUACGCAUGCACACGGAGCCUGAAACAUUACUUGUCUCCUGCUGCUCAUAAAGGGUUAGCCAUGCUCAAAGAGAACCCUACCUCUGCUGCUUUUGUGCAUCUUCUCUUUCUCCUCUUUUACACCCACGUCUCUCCGCAAUGCCAAACAGCCACAUCUGAUCAGUGCCAAGAUCACAAGGAUUUUGUGCCAGGCUACAGCUUGGCUGGUGCGGGGUUUGACAUCACAAAGCUAGAGAGGAUGAAGGCCAAAGUGUUGGAUAUGAAUCAUUGGGAGAAAGCAGAUGGAACAUGCACCUUGUGCCAAAAUCCGUUACUGGAAGGGAAGCCACUCCAGAGGCUUCCUCUGGCCAUUGCUGACUGGGAAGCUAAAGUUACAUGUCGGAGGAAUGUACGCACCUCUUUACUGGAGUCUGGCAUUUCUGUGGUCCAGGAGGCAGGAUCAGUUGUGCAAAAUGAUUGGAAGGUUGGGUUGGAUGUGCAGUUGAAGCCACAGGCAAAUGUUCAGGUGGCAUUGGCAGGCUCACAUUCCAAGAUGGCGGAUUUCAGUGUACAAAAGAGUUCACAGGACAAGUACACUUUUGUUAGCCAUGAGAUAUCUUGCUCCCACUACAGUUUCCGCAUUGGCCACCAUUGGCGCCUCACUGAGCAUUUCAAACUUGCCCUGAAGAAUCUCCCAAAUAAAUACCAACAUACCACCCGCCUGGAAUAUUACCAGCUGAUUGGAACCUAUGGGACUCAUUUGAUCACACACCUUCAUUUGGGGGGGCGCAUGAAGGAUGUGACAGCGAUGCGAGUGUGUGAGUCGGUGCUGGACGAGGUGACCGCUGAUGAGGUCAAAGACUGCCUGAGUCUUGAGGCAUCUGCCAGUAUCGGUGUUGACAAAGCGAAGAUGGAUGCCUCCUACAAGACAUGUGAAGAGCUGAAGAAGAAACGCAAUUUCAAGGGCAGCUUCCACAAGACAUAUCGUGAGCGGCAGACAGAAAUUGUGGGUGGCAGCAGUCACACUGACUUGCUCUUCUCUGAUGGUCAGAAUGCAGAGGCCUUCAAAGAGUGGUUGGAAGGGCUGAAGUCUCUGCCUGACAUGCUCUCCUACUCUCUGGCACCCAUCCAUAUCUUGGUGCCCAAGGGCAACAAGAGGGAAGCUUUGCAGAAGGCAGUGAGUGAGUAUGUGAAAGAGAGAGCUUUGUGGAGGAACUGUACCCAUCCUUGCCCGCCAGGAACUACCCGCAGCCCUCGGGACCCAUGCUCCUGUGUGUGCCACAGCAAUGGCCUCACCAACUCCAUGUGCUGCUCAAGGAAAUGGGGCCAAGGCAAGCUGACGGUGACAAUUCAACGUGCCCACAACCUGUGGGGAGAUCACUUCACCCAUACCGAUGCCUACGUUAAGGUGUUCUACCAAGGAAAGCAGAGUCAAACGUCUACCAUUUGGAACAACAACAACCCAGUAUGGAACGUCCACUUGGAUUUUGGGAUCAUUCAAGUCUUGGGGGAGAGUAGCAAGGUUAAAGUACAAGUCUGGGAUGAAGACAAUAGAUACGAUGAUGAUCUUUUGGGGUCAUGUGAGAAAACGCUGCAGGCUGGGAAACCACAGAGUGAAGUCUGUUACUUUACACAUGGGAACCUAAAUUUCCAAUACCACCUGAUCUGUGGCAACUACCUAGGUGGACCCUACUGUUUGGAUUAUGUCCCUGAGACACCAAAAUAUGUGGGUGCCUUGCUACAACGUAAAGGCAAAGCAGAUCCUGUAACACCAAAAGCCCCCUGAUGGGCCGGCUAGUGCUUUCUCUUUCGCACACACACACACACACAACCCAGAUAUGUUCAAAUGUGGAUUUUUAAGAGCAGUUUGAAAAAGUGCCCAUGGUGGAUGAGAGUUUCUGGGAGCCUCGAAAAAUCCCUUUUCCAUGCUUGAUUGUUUUUUCUCUAAAACAUAAUCCAUCCCCUUUCCUAUAUAGUUUGCAGUAGAAGGCCACAAUUUUUUAUGCCAGAACAGACUAGACAGUUUUUGUGUUGUCCCAGAGGUCUCAAUUUCACCCGUUAAUGGGUAUGCACAUUAAACAUAAAAAUAGAUGCUUUAUUGCAUAGAGAUUUUAUUAUCCAUAAAAACAAUGUGUAUAUGUCACAGAAAUAAAGUGAAUGCUGUUCA